AAAACUCGCUCAAAUCGCUCGCGAAAAAGGGAACAAAAAUUCACUAAAAAAUUCCUUAUCUAAUUCUCGAAGUUUCUCUCUCAUUUCCGUUAUCGUUUUUUCAACUCAGUUUUAACGCCUCUAACUCACUACAAAUCAGCCACGUUGUGUCCUUUUCGUUUGGUUUACUGUUUGGAGGGGGAUGAGUCAACUCGGUCAGCAAGUCCUAUGUUUUUGUUUUUGAGCUGCGUGUCUUGGAUUUUACAUGGAAACAGUGGUUGAAGUUGAGGGGAAUUGUGAAGGGAAAUAUAAAGUGACUGGCCUUGAGAAAAAUAACUCUGUUUUGUAUUCGCCAAGGCAUAUUGCUGAUCCAGUUGUUUACAAGCUCGUCCGGGUUGAUGGGAACGGGCGAUUAGUACCUGCGACAGAUGAUGAACUGAUGGAGGUUGAAGGCUUGCUGGAAAAUGAGAAGCGUGAGACCCAUUUUGUUGCAGACACUGGGCAGGCUUUAGGGUGUAUUUCUAAUGAAGUGUCGUCCUCUGGCAUGCCUCAGUUAGAAAGUUCUGAAGGUUUGUCACAAUCUGAGAACACAAAAGCUGAUACUGAAAAAUUAAGUGCACAUCGUGAGGAAACUGUUCCUUGUGGGGCACAAAGCUUCAGUGAUGAUCAUGCUACACAACCUGGGAGUGUUGGGGAGUGCUUAAAGCCUCCGGAUGGGUCAAUACAAGGUGGAUCAUCAACUUCUGCAGGCUGUAUUAGUUCAAAACCUGAUUUUUCCAAGUUGAAGGGUGAAACAUGCUUGGAAAAUUUAUCAAUUAAAGAACUUCAUGAAGUUUUUAAGGCAACAUUUGGGCGAGAUACAACUGUUAAGGACAAGCUGUGGCUUAAAAGAAGGAUUGCCAUGGGAUUGACUAAUUCUUGUGAUGUUUCAACUACAACUUUUGUAAUUAAAGACGAUAAAUUGGUGAAAAAGGAUAAUGAAGAUAGUGCUAACUAUGUGAAUCUUGCCACUGGGAAAGAAUUCCCGGCAGUUGCUGUUGAAUACAAUGGGGAUGUGCUCAACAGCCUUAGUCAAAUUGAUGAGCAUCAAACUGUUUCAGCGGUGAGAUCAGGAAAUGAUGUUGUGGAAAACAAUUUUGCAAAUGAAGAUCUUGCUGCAGAUCAGAGAGCUGCAAAGAGAGUCCGGAAGCCAACAAAGCGGUAUAUUGAAGAACUUUCUGAAGCAGAGUCCAAAGACAGUGGCAACAGUGGCAGGUUACUUGCUUCAACUAAAAACAUUGGGAUUAGAUCCAUGCCUUCGAAAUCUCAUGGUAGGCUUGCUAGAAAUGCUUCCUUGGAAGGGAGAACUGUUAUCACGAGGUUGGAUUCCCUAGGGGGAUUUGGGAUUCAGGUUCCAUGUGUUUAUCGGGUUCGAAGAAGCCGACCAAGGAAGAAUGUCAUGGAACUUUUGGUAUGUGAAAAGAAAUUCCAUCCGAGUGGCAUGGGUAUGACAGCUACGUUUAUAAAGAGGGGUCUUGAUGUACAUGGUGUUCGGAUGGGCAAUGAGAGUAUGAACAAAGUUUUGGAAGCCAAAUCUACUCCCGAGCAAACUACUCAUCAGUUUGUAACUGAAUCAAAUAAAGAGAAGUCAUCAACUGAUCUGGGGCAGAAUAUGGAGUUAAAAUAUGUAGAUCCAUCAGGAGAUACUUCAGAUGAUAAUGUUGUUACAGUGCCAACAGCUAAAGGUGGAACUAGAAGGAAACAUCAUCGAGCUUGGACUCUUUCUGAGGUUAUGAAGCUAGUUGAGGGUGUCUCUAAGUAUGGUGCUGGCCGAUGGUCAGAGAUUAAAAGGCUUGCCUUUGCAUCCUAUUCGUAUAGAACCUCUGUUGAUCUCAAGGACAAAUGGCGGAAUCUGUUGAAAGCUAGCUUUGCCCAGACACCAAUGUACAAAGGGGCGAAUCUACGGAAGCAUCCUUUGAUGCCCAUUCCAGCACCAAUUUUGUUACGUGUGAGAGAGCUUGCCGAGAUGCAGGCACAGGCUCCAUCACCAAAUCUCAGCGCAAGUAAGCUGUCGGCAUGUUGCGGCAGCGGAAGGUAAACGAAACAAAAAAAAGGAACCUGUAACAUUGUAAAUAAAUAGAUUUUAGUUGCCUAAACUAGAAAUAAUAGACAAAUUCUCUGUUCUCUCGACAAAAAGAGGGAAAAUGACGUUGACGGUUUGGUCUCAACUGGCACAGAUAAAAGAAGUAUGUGAUAACA